AAAAAGAACUCUCGCUCUGGGCGAUAAGGCUCUGCCGUCAGGUAUAGGCAACGCUCUCAGCCAGGAGCGACAGUUAGAGACUAUAGAGGCGCGGUCGGAACCCGCCAUACUUUUUUAUACACGUCGAGAUGUUGUUUGUACCGAAGGUGAUGCCUAAAACGUUUGUGGCCGUCGCGAUGACAUCACGGGAGCGUUGAGGAACCGCCGGUACGCGUCCACGUGCAACAUGGCGCGCCUACUUGCGGCUCGUUACUGUCUCCUCGUCAGCAGCGUCUUCAUUUGGGUGUUCGGCAUCGUGCUUCUUGUGGUGGGCGGCCUGCUGCGCUCGGACCCGGAUGUGCGGCGAAUUGCCGAGUACUUCACCGUGUUUGACAACUACUGGGCGGCCAGCAUCACCACGCUGUUCGUCGGCGCCUGCCUACUGCUCGUCGGCUUCCUGGGUUGCUGCGGAGCUUUCUUCCAGAGCAAGCGCCUACUCAUCGCGUACAAUGUUUUCAUGGUGUUCUUCGUCAUCCUUGAGCUAGCUGUCAUGGGCCUCGUGUGGAAGCAUGCCAAAGAGGAAGCGAUGGACAUAUACCUGUCAAAUGCCUUUCGAAGACUCAUCACGAAGUCCAAGAAUGCAUUUGUGGAUAUUGAAUACUUCUUAGACAACAUUCAGUUCAAGCUCCAGUGCUGCGGAGGAGCUGGGCCGCAGGACUAUGAGGCAUUGGAGAUGGACUACGUGGGAAGCUGUUUCUAUUACGACCACGAGAAGGAGGCUGCUGCAGUCUACCAAGAUGGAUGUGGCAGAGAAAUGAGAAGGUUCCUGAUGGGAAAGAGUCUUGCUGUGGGCCUCAUUUGCCUUUUCAUUCUACUCAUUCAGGUGGGAAGCAUAGCCAGUGCCAUCUACGUGCUCAGGAUGACGAGCAAGCCGAGACCAAAGGUUACAGCUGUGUAAUGAGGACUGUGAUGGCGAAAUUCCAGCAAGGGUCAUCUCUCACACAAUUCAUAAACUGCUCAUAAAUUCAUUGGUCUGUCAAAGAGUGGAUGGACCUGCCACAGAGGCUCAUCAUGGCUGUCCUGCCAAGACAGAGUGACAGAGCACUGAGACAUUAGCUCAAACUGCUGUCUGAGAUUUAACUUACACGUUUUGUACUAUUUGUAUGACCUCUCCAUAAACAGCCCAACAAGCAGGCAAUGUUUUUUUUUUUUUUGCACAUGUUGCCUUCAUAAUAAAUUACUGUAUCACUACUUC